AUGGACAUUCGAGAACUUUUAGAAAAGGCAGAUAAGAAGCUUUCCAAGGUAUGUUCAGUGGAUCCCGAUUGCCCGCUCAGUAACAUCAUUCCCAAGAAGGAAGAAAGAAAGUAUCUACUCAGAAACAAAAGUGCUUAUUGCCCGGAUAUAAAGACUGAUAGAUUUAAGAAUGUUUUUGUAAAUAGGAUUAUUUUUAGAUAUAAUCUUUGAUCUUUCUAUUAUUUGCAUACAGUAUGUCUUAUGUAUGUUAAGAUCCCGGGGGGAGGGGGGCACUUGGGUAUUUUUUGGGGUGGGUAUGUGCCGCCCGGGACUCGACAUUGGCACCCCAUUCUGAAAAAAAUUCCCCUAAAAUUGAUACCCCGUUCUAGAAAUGGGUCAAUUUUUUAUACCCUGUUCUAGAAUUCGCCCUAAAAUUGAUACUCCGUUCUAGAAAUGGGCCAAUUUUUUAUACUCCGUUCUAGAAAGUUUGUAAAUUGAAAUAGCCCUGUUUUUUUUAAAAAGAUAUGUCUUUAUUUGUUCGACUUAUACAUCAAAUUAAUGCCUCUUCAUAAUCAGCAACAAGUAAAAAAAUAAUUUCAAAUGGCUGCUUACAAAACUGAAGUUUUCGUGUGUUCGAAAUAUUAUACCCUGUCCUAGAAAACACCUCUAAAAUGGAUACCCCGUUCUAAAUCAGGAGCUUCAAAACCACGACCGGGUUGGGCAGCACAUACCCGUAUAGGUAAUGUAUGGGAGUACCCCCCCCCCCCCAGGGUUUAGAUUCCCAACUGCUGAUGUAACUUAAGAUAAGUCUUUUUAUCUUAGGAGAAUAAAGAUUGAUUGAUUGAUUGAUAUAAUAGUCCUGUAAUUCUGAGUUAGAUUUGUUACUAUACUCAAAAUGCCAAAUGAAAUGAAAUUCUGGACCUCAGUUACAUCAGCCCUUAGACAUUAACCCCUCUUGAUGAUGACAUGUUCUGCACAUUUUUGCAUUGCUGUACACUGUGUGAAACAAUUCACAGGUAUUUUAGAAGUAUAGAAUUUGUGUUAAAUUGCCAACCAUGCAAAAUAUCUAGCUACCAUUAUUUUGUCACCAAGUAACUACUCUCUGGCGAUGCUGAGUGCUACAAUUAAGUGUUGUGAAUGUCUAUUAGUUCGUUGACAUUAUUAUGAAAUUAUUAUGGUCCCCAGAGGUGCCAGGGAAAUUCAUUCCUAAUGAAGACCCUUGGAAGGAUGGGGAAAUUGACAUUUGAAAUCCUCGGGCAAACUAUUGAUAGGUGCAUUUAAUGUGUGCUCGUCUUAGCUAUCAUUACUUUUGAGAUAUAGGAUAAAAUGUACUUAAUAUUAGAUAUAUUUUUUUCAAAAUUACGUGUUUAAAAAUAAUUUGAACUGCUGCAAAAGCUCCCCUUACUGUUUACGUAAUAUCCUUGGAGAGGUUUCGGUUUAUCAUCUAACUGGUAUACUUCCAGCUUGUUCUGAGUAAGUCUGUGCCAAAAGGCUGCGUCAACAGCGCUUGAAAAAGGUACAAAUUGUAAGGCAUUUUGGCCGCCAGACACAGCCGCCAUGUUGAACCAGUGAGACGUCUAUGUGCUAUGUCAUGUAAAAUCACUAAAUUAUGUCUCAUCUGAUCAUAUCCUCCUCGCACACACAAAUUGGGAAACACGAAACUUUAUAUUUCGAAAUCGUUGUUUUUUAAAGACGUUUAGUUUUUUUUGGAUCGAAAAAGAGGAAUUCUUAAAUAGCGGAAAUAAUUGAAGGUUUCAUAGCUUUUCUGCAUAUAUAGUCCUCAAUCACCAUAUGAAUUUUCUCGGAAUAAAACAUUGUCAAUUACCGAAGGACAUGCAUAAGUUACUUUUUAAAAGCAUUAUAGUACUAUGAUAUUGAAUAUCGAGAGAAUAACAAAAUACUUAUUUUCCUACCAUUAUGAAAACUUAUUUUCCUAUUUUGGGAGACCCUUGUCACGCUCCACUAACCAAUCACACGAGGCGUUUGGUCACGGGGUUUUCGUCAUGUCUAAUUCUUUUCAUUCCUGAGCACAAAUCCAUGUUUGUUUCUAUUUAUUUUAUGGAAGUGGCUGAAAUAAGCUCUUAGGGGCAAGGAUUUUAUCACUGUCCCCUCCACCGGACAGAGAAAGAGAACUAUGGUCGGUACAGUAGGCUUUUCUUGUCAUAUUUUCGGUUUUCAGAGUCUUGUUCAUUGUGCGGGGACUUGUGUGUGUUCAGUUUACAGAUCUGAUUUAGUUCUGUUUUUUUCCAGAUAAUGGAGACUCCUCUGGAUGUACUAUCAAGAGCAGCAUCUUUAGUACAGCCAGACACCAGAGAAAGUAAGUCCCGAUGUGUCUGGAUGCUAUUUCUUCUACGAAGUUUAUGCAUUUGCAGUAAGAGGGAAACUUUCGAUCAUUCUUAAUAAUUUUCACGCAGAGAUACUCGCACUAAACGCGCGCACAUUUUCUUUGAUUGAAGUAUUUUUUCUUUGUGCUCUUUACUUAGGAUAUGAAAGUAGUAACUUUUCCAUUUAUUGACGCAACUCACACAACCUUGAAGAAUUAUGUGGUUUAUCAUGAGUUACUAAGUAGUAAAUAACCAUCACAGUUAUGCUAUGCUUGGAAUGAGAAUCUUCUCGUUAUUCUGUAAACAAUGCAUUCACAGUUGACAUCGGCACACGUCCUAUUGGUUUAGAUUUAUUCGCUUAAAAUUAGCCUCUUGCUGUAGUUAAAGAUAUGUCGACCCCUUAUCGUAACAAGCGUUUUUCCCAGUAAACGUAGGUGUUUUUUCUUUAUUUUUGUGCACCUUUUGCUUUGAGCGAAAAUAUUUAAGUUAAGGUUGCCUUACUUACAGCCAACCAGUAUCAAACAACGUGCACGUUGCUUGCAUCACUAACAUUCCAUGGAAAUUUUUCGAGCAUUACAAUUCUUUGGUUUCCAAACGACCAUUAUAUUGACCUAUCAUCAUACAAUAUUUAGAACACAACUUUUAAGGAGACGACAUAUUUCCAUCGCACUUCAUUUGUUUUCUUUGCUUUCAAUGGUGAGAAAUUCCAUUGUCGAGACCAAAAAAGGUUAGGUGACACUGCGACGAUCGUUGUUCUUCCUUUGACCGUGGUCUUUGUGUUGCAAAUGUUCUGAAAUCUGAGUAGCGAGUUAAUCAAUUGUUUUAUAUAGCUUCAGAGUCAGAAGCCAGCGAGGAUUCUCCAAAAGUUAUGCCAUCGGCUGAAAAUCGAAGAAAGCGAAAUUUGGAAAGACGAGACAUUGCUCAGGCCUUGAACUUUGACGACGGUCGAUUGGGAAAACUAUCAUCGGUGAAGACAGCAGGGACACAAACGUAAGUAUACAUGUAUGAUAUAAGAGUAGUUAUUUACGUCAGACCACGGCAAACACGAAGUAAAACAAGGUUACGUUGCAAGAAGUUUUGGGUGCCAUGUGGAAAUGUUAAGCUUAUAACUUGAUAGAUGGCAUGGCUUGCAAAGUUGUAGCAGAUCCUCGUUUCUGUGCAUUUUUGUAAUUCCUGGUGCCGAAUUAACAUUACUUCGCAAAUUCCGAAGGGUUUGCUUUCCCAGCGAGAUUUGCCUCUAGAAGUUACAUAUUUCAUAUUAUUGUUAACUUGGUUAUAAAGUACCUUGUUUGAGUAAAUUGUAGAUCAAAAAAUGCUUUGAGGUAGAAAGUAGAAAUGAAAAAAAUGACUUACCAUGUGCAAUCUCAAAGCAUUUUUGGCUCUGCACAGUAAAAUUAUGCACUUCUAUUUUAAUUUGAUUUGGUAGGGUUCUAGCUGUCUCUAGGUUUUUGCAUCACUCCUACAAAUGGAAUGUCUUUAUUAUAGUAGUAUUUUGGGUGGGCGAAACCUUGUUCGUGUUCAUAAUAUUGUUGUAGCCAUCUUUGAUUUUAUGACAGUGGAAGAUUGGAGAGAGUAGAAAUAGUAAGCCUUACGGUAGGUGCGAGAACAAAAGAUGGAAAGGGGGGAGGGGGAGGGGAGAAAAAAAAUACGCCUGCCCGAUAUCAGUGUUCUUUUGGGAAACUCCGUACGCUGGCAAAAGGAGCUCCUGAUUGGUGCGGCAUAGGGAAGUAGAUUGAUGCCUGUCAAUUAACUGUAAGGCUAUAUUGUUUAUUCCGUUUGCCUGGUUUCCGUCAGUCUUUUGGGAUUGGAGCAGCUGGGAAUGUCGGGUGUAUUACACAAUGAGAAAGUCAAAGCGAUUUCUACACUGGUCAUCAGGACAUGAUUUGCUCGCAGUACCAAAACCUACACCACUUUUACCUCAUGCCAAAAUGCUGCUUGUUCCAAUAGGUUUUUUUUUUCUGACGAGUAGAUUAUGCUCUAGAGGGUUCUAUGUUUUGACUGAGCAAAUGUGAUUUUAGCCGCUUGUUUCACACUGAGAGGUCAUGACACGCUUAUUGAUUUUCUGUGGUUUUGGUCUUCAUGAUUUGCCCUCUGCUGCAAGAGCAUUUUCUUUGACCUCUUCUGAAGCGUAAAACUCUUUUUGUUGCUAAAUAAGGCUGUUAGGUUCUUUAUUUUUGUCCAAAGUGCCUCAGGAUCUGAAUAACUAAGCGGUUUUCUUUCUAGUCCGAGAAUGUGAUGUUUUCAUGCAAUGUUGUAUCACGCUGUGCCCAGCUCGUUAGUUUUUUAAGUUGUUUGCAGGAUGUUAAACUCUCACAGAUAGCGAACUACAGAGAUGAAUUUAGAAGAAUGAAUUACAGCUUAAACUGAAGCCUCAUCAGCUGUGGAGAAUUGCCUUGUGACUUAGUCAAGAUAAAAACAAUGAUAAACUCCAGCUUGUUUUUCUUAAGACAAUGUGAAGUCUUUGGACUGGAGCAACUGUUUGUUUGUCUUGUUAUUGUCGGCUACUCAUUUCCGGAAGAGCGGUCACGCGCAUCUAAUCAGGGGGUGUUUCUCAUUUUCACAGUGUUUUUGGGCAGGCGUUUUCUCUUCUCUCUCCCCACCCCCUCCCCACUCCCUUUGACUGGCCCCAUCUCCUCCUCUCUUAAGCAGAAGUUUCAACAUGGCGCAAGCAAAUUGCCCGCUCAAAGAAAAUGCCUGCACUGCAGGCUAGAAUGUCUUCAUUACAAUGUACAUGGAAGAAAAGUGACACUGUGUAGCUAAAAUAUGCUUUUCAUAGGUUGAUCCAGAUUUGUGGGCCCAUAAUAAUCUUCAAGUUGAAAACUUAACAUAACCCUGCAUAUAUGUAACUUAUUUGGACUAUUGUCCCUAAGUGACCUGUUGACUCAUGUGACCCAAUUAAAAAAAUUGUAUUUUAACUGAGAAACAGCAUUAAAAAUAAUAUUAUAGAUUAUUAGCCAGGGCUAAAAGCGAAGCUCUCGAUAAUAUUUGUAGUAUGUUUAAACAAAAUAUAAAAUCGUGUAAUGCUAAGCAGCGAAGGCAAUGCUGGAGAGUGGUGAAAAACAACAAUAAGUCUAAUUAGCAAAAAAAGCAAAUUUGCACUUGCAGCAUGCUUUCUCUGUACAUUUCUUUGCCACUGAUUUGCACGACUAGAACGUAAAACUUCCAGAAACUUCUUAGUUACACGUUUUAUGGCGGAAAUGUUGUACGUGUUCUUGUUCACUUUUUUUUCACUGCCGCUCAUUUUCACCUUGCGUUGGUGGCCACCAGCAUUUCCCACUUUGUGAAAGGUUUGAACUCAGGAGUCAUUUCAAAAGUACCAGUAGGUUGAGUUUGAUCUCUACAAGACAAGACUGAUUAUCUUAACAACGUUUUUAGUAAGAACAAUUACAACAUGGACUUUGUUAGAUGGAACACUCACAGUAACACUGAUUCCAACACUCAGACCAAUGUCAACCCUGGCCCUGUUACGACAGCGACUAUACCGUACAUCAGAAGUACCUCGGAAAGUAUUGAACGUAUAUUACAACCUUACAAUAUACGUGUUGAACACAAACUGAUAACCACUUUAUGACGACUGCUUACUAAUGUCAAGGACAAAGACAAACCAGAGGACAGACAGGGAGCAGUAUACACGAUCAAAUGCUGGGACUGCCAGGCUUCUUACAUUGGUUAAAAGUGGCAGAAACCUUAGCACGCGACUAAACGAACACAAACGAGCGAUGAGGAAUGGUGACGUCAACAAUCACAUUGCUGAGCACCACUUACAGAUGAAACAUCAAAUUGACUGGGACUCUGCGAUAUGUAUAACGUACUCUACAGACUACUAUCAACGUCUUACUUUAGAAAGCUGGUUUACUAACUUGGAACAAACACCACUGAAUCAUAGCCAAUAGUUACCAGCGCUGUACAAACUUAUAGACGAGAUCAAGCAAAACUAACUACGAGAGAACGACUGGAGAACUGACAAUUUGACUAACAAUAGACGACUGUUUAACUGUGACAAUAGACUGAUCGAAAUGCACCAAUUACUGAUUACGAGUCUUCAGCGCAAAUAACAUCACGGCUUAAAUGACAGAUGACCAAUAACAUAGCGACAUGAUUGACCAAUCAGAUCAAUAACCAGAGUAUAACACCAUCAACUGACGUGAUACAACUCACCUUGACUCUGAAGAUGACUAUGGCACAGGUUGUCGAAACGUCAGUCACUGUCAACAACAACGGUGCUAUUCAGGACUAUGUUCACCCAGACGAUUAAACUCAACCUACAUUUCCCAUUUUGUCACCGCCGCUACGAAAUUUUCAUGUUGUUCUUCCAACAAAAAAUGUCUUCUUUGUUUUUUAUCUCUCACUCUAGACCUCUGUCGCCCUUUUCCUCGUUGAGCUUCACUGGCCUGCCGCCUACUUUCUCUUUUGCUCUGUCUUUCUCAUGCUCUACAUUCCAAAUUUGUGGACAUGACAAUUAAUGUAAACUAACUACUUUAGACAGGGCUUCUGAUAUUCGCAGAAAAAAAAGCAACAUUUCGCGGGAUUUUCAGGGGCAAAUUCGCGGAAAAAUCGGCUGAUUUCGCAGGAUUUUCGCGGGAAAAAAGUCAAAAUUCGCUCAAAAAUCGGCCAAUUUCGCAGGAUUUUCGCGGGAGAAAAGUCAAAAUUCGCGGAAAAAUCAGCAGAUUUCGCGGGAUUUUAGCGGAAAAAAGUAAAUUUCGAAGGAUUUUGGGGGGAAAUUCUUAGAAAAAUCAGCCGAUUUCACGGGAAAUUUUGGGGGAAACUUCGCCAAGAAACAAUCAAUAAAAAAAAGCCGAUUUCGCUGGAUUUUUUUGGCAAAUUUCGCUAAAAUCGAUCAAUUUUGCGUCGAUAUGACCAGCAUUGUUUAACGUUUUUUUAACAGGGAUAAUCAUUUGCUCUUUCAACAACACUUCGCUCGAGAAAUGAGCGAAUGCUGAAGCUGUUAUUAGUGCCCAGUUUUUCGCAACGUUCAUCUUAGAACGCCUGGUAGUUUUGAGACGUCGUUUACUCGUUGCAGUGACGAAGUUUCAAGAUAAAUGUGGACGUUUGGGGUGAAUAGAGCGGGUCUCAUAGCCAAGAUAAGUAUUAAAUAUGUUUUGCCGACAUGCAGGUGGUGUGCGCACUACGAUCGCUAAGUAUCAUGGGCGGUAUUCAAAAUCUGAUCUUUGUGUCAAGAUGGCGUGAAGUGAACAUCUCGACUGCGGAGUGAAUAUUCGUUAAUUACGCUGUAGAUAUAUACGAUUUUGCAUUGAAUCUCUUCCGGAAGCUCUUGAAAAAGAAAGUCUGUCCAAUUCUCAGGGAAAAAACAGUCUCAUUCCGUUGAUAAGUGUAUUCUGGUGUAUUUUGUUCGUAAUCACUUGCAUCUUGUUUGCAACUGACCGAGAAAAGUCGGCACAGAAACGCUCGUUCAAAGCUUCAAUCAUGAAAAGCACUGGAGGUAAGACCCGCGGUUCGCCGAAAAGUUUGAAUUCCCCAUGAAAUCAGUGCAACUAAUGCUAAGAGGUACUGAUAUGCACAGCUGUGAUAUACAUACAUGUACUCAUAAAAUACUAUGAGCUUCUUUAGAAUACCCGGCCACGGUAUUUAAACACAGCGAGCUUAUUUUGUUUUGUCAUUCAGCAUUGCAAGAUGUUCACUUGCUAGCUGUAACAAGAGAAUCGAAGUUGAGGGGGUCAUCUUUUCAAGGACUUGUUUCUCUGUUGGCACCAAGUCUGCAUUUCAUUUUGCUUAACAUCUGUAUUUAUCAUCACAUGAAGACAAGUAAAUAAAGUAGAGAGUAUUUGUGUACAGUGAACUUGGGUCCUCUUUAUAGAUAAUAUUAUAUUGAGCAUGUUUAUUUGCCCAUAUAUUUUCUAUUGGUAUGAGUCAUAGAAUGUCUUAUAACUGGAUUGAAACUGAAAAUGGCAUAUUUGUGAUUACAAAGCCUGAUGCAGUCAAUAGAUUUUAAAAGCUUCAGCCACUAUUUGUUUAAUGAUUGUGUCAGUAUGUACAAACACAUGUUAUCACAUAUUUUUUGGAUCAUAAAAACUCUUCAAAAUGUGGAAUUCAUACAUAUUUACAAAUCUCCUGUAAUCAGGGCUGGGGCAACAUAGCUUGAGACCCCUUUCCUUUCUCCUCACCCCAAUUUUAUAAUUUAAAUAUGGUGUCAUAGGUCUCAUCAUACUCACAGUCAACUCUGUUAUACAGACACUGAGGGGACCGUAGAAAUUGUCCAUCUUAAUUUAGAGAAAAUUUAAGGGCUUUUUUCCAGGGAAUAAAGCAAGCUGUCUGUAAUGAUGAGCAAGGCUGUGCUCUGAGGAACAUUGAAAGGAGCCCAGGUCUCUGAACCUGUAAAAUCUAGGCUGCCCAGCAUAUGAUUUUUAUGAAAAGUCUGAGAUUUUUUAGUCACCCAAAAGCAAAAGUUAGGUGCCGGGGGCCACAGGGCUCUGCUAGAGCACAGCCUUGAUCAGGUGUCUGUAUGAAGCGGUUGUCCGUAAAGAAGGCUUUUGGGUUACCAGUUAUUGCAGAGGUGGAUCCUAGUAGUACAGUAAAACCCUCUGACUUAGAACCUGAAUUUUAAGGACCUGUUAGGCUAAAAUAUGCCAGAUGAGCCCCCUCUAUAUAAAAACCUGUUUAGCCUAAAUUUGAAACAGGUUCUUAUUUUUGAAAUCUAUGAAAAAAUUCUGUACACUUGAGCAGAGAUAAAUCAACAUUUAGAAUCUUCUUUGGAGACAAAGCUGUCUUAUCACUCCAACUGCAAUGUAAAUGCCAAUGUUUAAAUUUAAAUACAUUCCUCUUUUUAUGUCCAUUCUCACAUAACUUCUAAUUUAGUAUGCAGACUUUAUAUAAGGAAUAAGGGCACAAAUACACUUAGCUACAUUUCUUCUUCAGAAAAUAUGAACCCAUUUAAAAACAUAAAUAGCCUAAACUUGUGCUAACUACUAUUUAUAUAAGAAUCUCUUUAGGCUUACUUAGUUAAUUCAUGUUCUUAGUCUCACGAUUUUACCGCCUCAUUGUUCCACUUUUUCUAUUUCCUUUCCCUGUCACCAUUUUUUCAGCCUUGGUUUUCCAAUAUCAAAAGUACAUUCAAUGAUCAAGCAAUUUAUAUUUUGACUAAAGCCACCAAAAUAUGCAAAUUGCUUGAUAUGUAUUAAACAGUGUAAACAGGUAAACAGAUUGAAUGACAUCACUUAGCCUGUGUGGCAGGCAUUUCAAAGAAAAGGGAAAGUGGGUCUUGGUGCAAGAGAAAUGUGAGGGAAGGAGGGAGGGAAAUGCCUGCCAUACAGGAUACUAAUUGUUUUUUGCAUUAUAAACAUCAACCAGGUGAAUGUUGAAAUCACUCCCUCCUUCCUCGUGCACUCUUCGCAUUUCUCCUGUGCCCAAAACCCCUUUCCCUUUCCUUUUAAAUGCCUGCUACAGAGGCUAAUCACCACUGAAUAAAACAGGGACUAGGCAAGAAACUGACAAAGUCAUAACAUCCACACAACAACACACACCAAUCUUGGAAGUAGAUUAUGAUUUUCUUUUCUCAAGAGUGAUGUGCAUAUUUCUCUGAAUAAAAGUUAAGUGCAAGCUUGGUGGAUGUUAUGAAACUCUUCUUCUACACUGCACUAUUCUUGCAAUUCUCCCAAAAACCAUUUUUCAUAAAGGAUGGCUGGUUUCAAAAUGCACAGGGCCUAACUGUUUAAUCAAACUUAUCAUAUUUUAAUUUAAUACCUGUAAUUCUUAUCCUACUGAUUUUAUACCUGCAUAAAGGGAAUCACAUGUAUGACUGCAAUUUUAUUAUGCUUUUUUUAGUCCUAUUACAAAAACAGACAUUCCUACAUCUGAGUACUCAUCAGCCUAUUUAUAUACCAAUUUCGAACAUUUUAUGCUCACCUAAUGCUAUUGUCUGGAGGAACCAGUCGCCGCUGCCCCGCUAUUUUGUGAUCAGCUUGUGAUUACAACAGUAACACUUCCAGUAACAUGUCACAUUGGUCUUCGCGAGGCUACAUUUUCUCAUGAAAACAUGCCGGUUUCAAUUCGGAAAAAGUAUCACAAAACGUGAGGAGCGAUAAGAAAUUAGCAUAGAACAAGGUUUGUAGAAACACUUACAACUAUCUCCUACUUUCCACGGGCAAUAUAAUGGAAAUUAUAGCUUCUUAAAAACCGGGUUCAAAUUUCAUGCUCUUACAGGAAGAAUCUUCGGGCUCCACGUUUUAGAUUGAAAUGAAGAAUAUUGAUUUGUUUUUCUUCACAGAAAAAAUCUAAACAAAUAUUACCUUAUGAAAUCGAGAAAAACAAUCUAAGGAAAGAACUGUAUCUAUUGAAAAGUAAAGCAUAUAACCUGCGAAAUUUCUCGACCUUCGCCGCCAUCUUGAAAAUUUUGAUUCCACAAUGCAUCGCGAUCUUAGUGCGCACACCACCUGGCCGACAUGUAUUUGGAAAUAUUUCUGGCGGAUUUCGCGGUAUUUCGUGUUUUUUUGGGAAUUUCGCGGGAUUUCGUGGAAAUACCUGAAUUUCGCGGGUCCGCGACCGCGCAAAAUAUCAGAAGCCCUGUUUAGACAACAUGGACAUAGGAACAAUUUCCGCUUUCCGUUUUCAUCUUUAUUGACUCUUUAGUUGUCUCUGCUUUACAAGACGUCGGUGCCAAUGUGAUUUCCCUCCAAAAUAACCUCAAGUUGUAUUUGGGUUGCCAUACCUGUUGAUUGAGUUAUUUUACAUUGGAAUGCCUGUGGUGCAGAUGGAUGGUUGCUCGGGCAGGCGGUCGGUCGGUGUACGGUCACGUGAUUACCCAAUUUUCUCGGAUGGGUAGAUUACUUCAUUUUCUUACCUAUGGUGCUCUGCUGGCACGCUUUGCUCGCAAGAGUACCACUGAUAACCAAAUAAUAAAUUUUUAAUGCAUUAUUUCUGAAUGGUUCUAAGUUAGCAUGACAAAAGAAUGUAUCUAUACAAAAUUAAUGCUUUUAUUACUUAGUGAUUACCACAAGCCUGUGAAAAGCUUGGUUUUAAAAUACAGUAGAAGCCUGGUAACUCAAACUCUGAAGGGACACGAAAAAUAGUUUGAGUUAUCAGGAUCGACUUAAUCUUCAGUUUACCGUGUUAAUAUUGAUACUUUACUUACAUUUCAGCACUUCAGUAUAUUGUCAACACAGUGCACAUUAAUCUUAUCUCAUCAGAAAUUGUAAUACUUUUGUGCAAAUUUAUGAUAAUGUGGGGAAAUGAUAGUCAAAUACGUGAUUCGUGCAUUGCACUUCCAGUUAGCGGAGAAUUCGAGUUAUCCGAGUAAAAGUGACUGAUAAGUAGAGUCAAAUCCAAGAGAAAUAGGACUUAGAUUGAGUUAGUGGGGAGUUUGAGUUACUUGUGUCCUACCAUAUUGACAGGGAGCUUAUGCAACGACAACAACGAUAGUGACGGAAACGAAAACGAAAUGGUAAAAAGCAAUAGGUUUAGAUUGGCAAAACAACAAGCCUGCACAUGCAUCACACUUUUCUGUAUAUUUUUUUGCCGUCCUUGCAGGACUACAACGUGAAACUUCCUAGUUUCACAUUUUAUGCAGACUGUGAACGCAAGACAGCGAUUUCCUUUUUCUUUUUCUGAACUUAGAUACAGUCCUUAAGAAUCAACUCCUGAAGAAUUCCCCAACAUUAAACAAAUUGUAUGAAAUGAACACCCACCAUAGGUUUUCAGUUGAAUGCUCAGCGGCUUGUGCAAGAAAAUUCUUUCUACUAAGAGGAAUGAAGAGCUUUUGAUGCUUGAUAUUGAUCAGUCCGAAAUAUCCCUAAAUUUAAGGACAGCUGUCGCGUCAUGGAGCUAUUGUUCUUGAGGAAAAUGGUGGAUCAAUUACCUAAAUGACAACAGUCACCGUUUCGAGGCUCUCAGGCAUAUUUCGAAGACUUUUCUUGAGGCAUACACAAUUUUUUUAAGUGGAAAGCGUAUCGGAAGCCAUAUUGGAACUUAUUAAUCUUAUGGAUAUUCAUGUCCAACAUCUCGCCUCACUUUGCCGAAUUUGCAGGGAUAAAAUUAAAAACCAUAAGUGCAAGGUAGAUACUAACCUCUUCAUUUCUGAAAUUUAUUAUAAUUUGUUGGAUUCUCCAUAUGUUCAUCCACAGUAAAAAAAAAAUCAAAGAAAGAAGGCAAAUCUCAACUGUAAAUGAUGUAUUUCGCUACUCAUUGAACAUGCACUGAUAAUAGGCCAUUUGCACUAAGAGGUCAUGUGACAUCGUUUUUAUGAAAAUGAAAGUUUAUAUGAUUUUGCCUUCGGAAAACGAUUAGAGGGUCAUAUCUUAAACAAAAUAAUGGUGAUUUGGUUUUCCAAAUCCGCACCAUUUUCCUAAAAUAAGUAAGUUCGUAUCUGGUCACGUGACCAAAAUGUGAUUUUUAAAAUUACGAAUUACCUCUUUCUGAACACACAUUUUUCACUUAAACUUCAAGAAAAAUGUUGAAAACGUGAUGUGGUAACGUUUACAGCACAUCUAAGUGUUACUAUCAAAUGUCUAACAAGAUAUAAGCAAAAACUAGGUUUGGCCGCCAUGUUGGAGGGCAAGAGUAUGCCCUCCAACAUGGCGGCCAAUACAAAUCAUACUACUUUGUUGAAAAAUCAAAGUGCCAUAAAAUAUCUCCCUUAAAUGCGUUUCCUCUCAAAUUUCGGGUGUAAGAUAAUUUUUAUGUGCUCUGUCAAUUUUUGGCAUCAGCAAGAUUCCAACUCAUUGUUUAACGGAAGCAUUGGUCACGUGACCUCUUAGUGCAAGUGGCCUAUCUGGGAUGAAAUCAAAACCUUACAGGUACAACAGCAAGCAAAGGAGGCACCAGAUGCUUGAAAUCAACAUGAAACAACACACACACAAAAAAAAAACAAACAAGAAAAAUUAAUAGAUUUGAGCUACUUUUUAUCCUCGCUAUGAUGACUGGUUCUUUGAUUCUAAUUGUCCUGUAGAAAUUAAUAGGUAGUACCGUUCCUGUUUUGUAUGAUCUCAACAAAUUUUCACGCACUCUCUACGGCCAUUUUUGCACGGGACCAGUUUGUUGCUAUCAAAAAUCUUGCAAGCCGUGCCAGUGAGGCCACGACCACUGCGAUUGGCCUGGAAUAUUCAAACAGCUUAUGUUACAUUGCAGAUCAUGGACAUUACAGUGUGUCAAAAAGAUAAAGAAAUCUGUGAUGUCAAAAAAUGUAAAUUCCCUGUACCUUCUUUCUUUCCCACAAACAUUAGAAAAACCUGGCCAUCAGUUUUGAAAUAAGCUUUAUCUUUCCCAUAAAUUUUCACCUUUUUGAUGAAAAAACAUAAGCACCAAGUAAAUGUUUGUGACUCAUCUUUAAGCUGAUCUUCAUGUACUUCUUUUGUUCCAUGACUUAAAAUUUCAAAGAAGCUUCUUGUAGAAAAGGUGUUUCUAAAAGAAAAGCCUUGUUUCAAGCUCUUUCUCAGCAUUGCGAUGAAAACUAGGUACAUUUGAUACUUGUUCCAUUAAUUAGAGUAUCUUUCAGUUCCACUUUAUUCUCAAAUUUUAGACACUGUAAGCAAUUUACAGGUUUCCACAGAGCUAUAUUGACCAUUUGAUAUGUUUACUUUAAAAGGUGAAGUAACUCACAGUUGACAUUUUUGUUGACCAUUGUAUAAUUUUGUCCUUAUAAUAAUUCACUAUUGUCUCCAAUAAGAUUUUAAGUGCUCUCUUUAACCCCAUAAUGAUAUUCAGCAAUGCUGGAUAUACAUUAUUAUUGUUGUAUAACAAGUUAAUAUUAGAACUAGGUUUUUUUGGCAAUUGUUAGUGAGCUUCCUGCAUUUGUUGUUGUCAUGAUGUAAUGUCCAUGAAAGUAACAUAAUUUUGUACAGUAUGUGGCCCAGUAUGUGGCCAGUACCAGUAUCCAGCCACUUAAAACAAAAACUCAAUUUUUGAGACGCCCUUUUCAGUUCUCGGUAAACGAAGUAUUUCGAAUGAAAGCUGAACACUUCAGAAAGUUAGGUGAGUAAUCUUUUCAUGGCUAUUAUUUACACUGUUUGCUGCGCAGCAAAACUAGUUCUGUUCAGAAGUGGGCGGUUGGUAAUAUGUGAUAUUUUCAAAGAAACUGUUGUAUAUUUAAAGUGAAGGUACUUAAAGAAGUCAGGUUCUCAAAAAAUUUAUUAAUUCUUCUUGAAAUUCAAUUUGUUUGGAAUAAUGGAGGCCAGAAACAUUCACUAAGUAGUGAUGAGAGGUGCAAAGUAUCCGGCCAGUUUUUUCUUUGCUGUACAGAAUCGAUGAAUUAGCUGCGUAUAUUAUCUGGAUAAGAUUUAUUUCAUAUCUGUAACUAUAAUUUAAGCUUAGGAUAUAGCAUAUAAAAAUAUUGUAAAAUGUAAUUCUACUCAACUCCUUAUGGAAAUUUUCUCCACUCAUUCAGAGGUGACUUGAUUUCACGUACUUAGCUUGUUUCGCCUGGGUGCAUUUUCUAUAUAUAACUGGAAGCGUCGAAGUUGAACUGGGAAUUCUCAUACUUUCCCCAGUUAUGACUGCUGGAAUGGGGUUGCAACGGUCUGAAAAAUGUCUCAAAGGGAUUGAGAGAUGUGAAAGAAGGAGGAAUUAGUCCUUGAAAAGCAGGCCAAAUGUUGGGACUGAGCAUGAAGAAAUCAACACUGCAGGUCAGACUAAAUAGGAGAGUGACCUCUGACCAUCAGAUUGAGGUCCCUUUGCCAGUUUUUUUUUUUGUUAACCAAAAAUGAAGGGAAAAAAACCGGUUUGCAGAUGGGCUAACUGAGCUUGCAAACCCGCGGGUUUGGCUUGUCCAUGGAUGCGUCCCUUAAAUUAGUGAAAAGUUCCUAGACAAGGGAGUUAGAACAAUACGAUUUAACGGCCACUCGCGUUCCCCACCAUACCCCAGUCAUUUGUUAUGUUUUAUAUCGCGAUGCUAGGUUCCCAGAUCAAUUGAUAUUUUUUGGAAUCGAUUGCCAGACUACGUUGCAAGUGCAACAGAAGCUUCUAAGUCGAUUGCCUGUUGAAAUUGAUGUACAAUUACGUUGUCAUUGUUGUGGCCGGAUACUGGGCCAGCUGGCUGAAUACAUACUGGACAACAUAGGAGCUCUGCAAAAAUAUUAAUUUUAUGAUGGAAACAAAGGCAAAAAAAUUAAACUGUCUUUUGUCAUAUUAAGUUCAUAUUAAGAAAUGUAAAUAAAUUAAAAUUAUUACUGAAUUGUGCAUUGCGUAUCGUUGCUAAUAAGCACAAGUAUGAUCAUGUAACACCUAUACUUAAAUCGUUAAAUUGGUUACCUGUCAAAGACCAAUAUUUAUACUUAAGAGAUGCUGUAUUAGCUUUUAAAUGCAUGUCAGGACUAGCCCCUGAGGACCUUAGUGAUCAAUUAAUUACAUUUAGUACUGUAAUUAACCGGAAAACCAGAAAUUCACAGAUGCUAAAUAUCCCUUUAUUUUGGUCUGCUACUGGGUAGAAAACAUUCCACUGUACAAAUGUAGGAUAGUCAACACUUGGAAUAAUUUAGACAACAAUAUUAAGUUAAGCAUUGAUGUUAAUAGUUUUAAGAAUUAGCUUUAGAGUUACAUGUGACAGAAUAAUUAUUAAUAAUAAUUAAUAAUUUCAGAGUAACUGUCAAGGGGGCUGGGUUUAAAAGGGAGGAUUGUUAUAUAUGGGGGGGGGGGAAUGAUGGUUGAAAUAAUUUGUAAUUAUUUUUUAAAUAACAUGUAUUGUCAAUCUUUUUACUUUAUUAUAUGUUUGAAUUCAUUUUUUUAAUUGAUGCUGAAAAGCCCCCAAGGGGAGGUGUUCAAUAAAGUAUGUAUAUAUGUAUGUAUAUAUGUAUGCAAGGACCGGAUAGAUUGUCUCUGGGCCAAAUUUGAGAAUUCUUGUGAUUAAGAAAGGAAAGUUAUUGUAAUGUUAAACUGAAGUGGCCGGAUACUGGGCAACGUACUGUAAUGGGUACAUUGCUUUUAAUACAAAGAUUAGAAGUACUUUUUAAAUGCAAAAAAAUCCAGCAAAAUUAUUGGUGGGGCCAUAGCCCAGCCAGCCCCUAUGCUCUGCGGUUCCUGUAAUAAUUUUGUUUUUCACACAGAACAAACCAGCAAGGUGAUUUCUUUUCAAGCUUGUAGCAAUAUUAAACUUGAUAAAUUAAAGAACGUUUCUCAGAAAAGCAAGUAAGUUUACAUGACUUACAAGCCCGGCUAAUACUGACCAUUCAUGUUCUCCUUUUUCUACUCAAUCAAAACCUUGUGUUCUGAAUGGAAAACAAACAAACAAAUGCUUACAUUUCCCCACACAAGAAUAAAUAGUUUGUCACACAAAAGGUGCCGGUCUUGAUGGAAACUUGUACAAGCUAAAUCAAAACAGCAACAUUUGCAGUAAAAUUAUUUAGUCAAGUGUUUCACAUGUAAACACGUGGGCCUGAUCAGUGAUUCAAUGGAAAAAAAGACUCACCUUCUCUCAAUCUUGACAACUCUUAUUAUUAAUUAAUUGAAAUAAGAGCUUUUAACUGAACUUGAUUAUUUGCCGAAGAAACUAUUAAAUUAUUCAUGUUCAUAUAACUUUUGGUGCGUCAGGAAGAACAGUGCAUGCAGUGUGAAAAGAUAUGACAUGUGAUGGAUCUUAAAUUAUCAGCCUGAUAUUGAUCAGGCCCAAAUAAGCCACGUAAGGUGUGAUUGGGCGUACAGCUGUGUAGCAGGGUGGUACAUGAUUUACUAUUUUCAUAACCUGUGACGGAUGAUUUUCUUUUUGGAUUUCUGUGAUUGGUGAAUGUCAAUUGAAACUAGAAGUGGAGACAGUAAAAGCAGAGAGUCAUGAUAUCAUUAUUUUUCUUUUCCUUUUUGUCAUUCCUCAAUCCUCAAGAUUAUUAAGAGCUACUGGUUAAUGUAGUUAAUACAUGUAUCUGAACAACACCAGAUUUCAGAGAACCCUUUCAACAAUUAAGGUAAAUUAACAGCAAUCCUACUCAAAAAGGAUGCUGGGAACACUUUGUUAGAGCUGAUUUAUUUAAUGGAUUAAGACUUUCCAUAUAUUUCUCUUAAAGGUUGCACUGCGUUGCAGGCUUUUAAUAUUAAUGUUUGGACUAUUCUAUAUUGUUUGUGUAUUUUAUAGUCAUAAGUUUACUUUUUGGUUAGAUGUAUAAUUAUGCAAGGAGUAGUUGAAGUAUGACAAAUAGUGCCCAGUUUCACUCACUUUGUUCUGUAAUUUUAGGUAGCAUCACAAUUACCCACAUUUUUCUCUAGGACAACUGAACUGAACUUUCAUUCAUGGUGUGUAACAUUGCAGCCUUCCAAAAUUAAUGUUGUUUAAAAAUCAUUAUUUUGUAGGUCACCAUUAAACCCAGCACCCACAACAAAGUCAAGAAUUGAGUCAGGUCCUCCUCCCCUCAUUUCAAUCGUUCCAAGAUCAGAAGAGGCUGGAUAUCUACAUUCUCAGGUGCCAUCACACUCAAGGCCGUCUGUGAUAACCUCUACAAACAUUAUUCAAAGACCAGUUGGUUUUAUGGCACCACCACACCUAUGUGGUCCAACAGACAUGUUUUGCUAUCCAGGUCCUCACAGACGUGAGGUGGUUGAAUCUGGAAUGAUUGACCCUUUCGUUGAAGAACAUUUUCGUCGUAGUCUCGGUGAGGAUUACAAGUGUGUUAGCCCAUCUGCUGGUUCAGUUGAUGACCACUUUGCUAAAGCUCUUGGUGACACAUGGCAAAAGCUAAAAAAAUCUGAAGUGACUUCAUCCCAAUCUUCAAAUCCUCCUCAACUGCAGUCAAUUGUCUCUCCUGCAAACUAACUAGGAUACAGCUUUGGAUGACAAGUAUUAAAGCCUAGAUAAAGACAUGAAAAAAAAAUCCGAAAGUAUCAUCUUGCACAUAAAACCAAAGGAUACUUGCCAUAAAAUGAAGCCACAGUAACCUUUCUCUGGUUUAUCAACGGCAGGUUGAUUUUACAUGCUCAGGAUCCAGAGCCAUGAGUGCUUCCUGAUGUUGUCACUUGUCGAGGGGCUGCAAAUUAUUCAAGUAAAUGGUGUUCACAUGCUCUUGGGUUCAUCAAAGAAUUUCUUUGUUGGUAGCAACAUUUAUUUGUUACCAAGUGCAGUGAAGUUUUGUAAGUUAUUGACAAAUGUAAUUAUGCUGAGUUUGACAUUCACAUUAGUAAACGUGUUUUUUUCUUGAUUGUUGUU